AUACGGUGUCAGAGCUCGAGUGUUUGGGGGAAUAUGGAUGGGAAGUCCAAUGGGAUUUGAAUAUCGCACGACUUCUCAGUCAUCUCGUGGACAUGCAAUGCUGUGGACGUUCUAGAAGCAGCAUCUCUCUGGUGACUAGAAUUUUUAGAGAAAGAUAUAUCAGUUCUUAUCCUAGUGGGGAGUCCUAUCUGUGAGAACAGGUGCAAGUGAUCCUCUGGGAAAGUGGAGAAAAAGUGCGCCGAAAACUGGGAUUUUCUUGCGAUAUCUAAGGAAGAAUUGGGAGGAUUUUUUUCUUUCAAGUGAAUCCAACAAAAGAAAAUAGAAUAUCAGUGUUAAUAGUGAUCUGUGAAAGAGAGAGAAAGAGAUUUUCCAGUGAUCUAUCAAGUGAUAUUUUUUUUGUUCAAGAGUGUCCUUCGUGAUUUCUAUUCACGAUGGCCACAUUGCUCUAUACGAUCUUCGGCAUAACAGCUGGAGCAUCUCUGCAUUGUGCUGUCCGGCGGGAAAUAUCACCUUGCACGUGUGCACCCCAUGAAACUUUUCCCAAUACCAUUGUGGUGACCUGUGAGCGAAUGGAGACGUUCACCCAGGUCGUCGAUGCUCUCCAGGAUCGCUUUCAGAUGGAUGCAGCAAUUUGGCUGAAGAUUACGCACUCGCAACUAGAGGACUUGGAGGCAAGGGCAUUCUGGGAGAUGAAUAUGCAUGUUAAAAAUCUACGACUCAACUUUGACAAUCUCACGCAUCUUCCGGAGUCUACAUUCUACAACAUGUCACGGACGGAAUUCUUGAGUUUGUCAGAUAACAAUUUGGAAUUGAUACCAGCGCAGAUAUUUACGCAUAUGCCAAUGAUUGGGACAUUGGAUAUAGCCAGGUGUCGAAUACAGCACAUCCGAAGUGGUGAUUUCAAGGCCCUGAAGAUGCUGCGACAUUUAUUGUUGGCAUCAAAUGAGAUCAAGCGCAUCGACAUGGGUGCUUUUCCGCCCACCAUCGUCAAUCUGCACAUUGGCAGGAAUAAUCUCUCAUCGCUCAAUGGGACACUGCGUCACUUGAAUGAAUUGAAGUUAUUGUUCAUCAAUUCAAACAAUUUGACCACAUUGGAGGACGAACUGCCACCAGCGUCUCCCAAUCUCAUUCUUGCCCAAUUCAAUCGACUUAGAGCUCUGCCACAGAGUUUCAGGAAUCUACCAUUGGAUUCACUGUAUCUGUACAAUAAUGAACUGAGGACUUUCGAUGGUAUUCUCAAGACAGCAACAAAACUUCAGAGACUCUAUGUCUCUCACAAUUACAUUGAAUACCUGGCUGAGGAUGAAUUUCAGGAAGCUGAAAAUUUGGAAGAACUUCAAUUGGGCUGCAAUCAUAUCAGGGCAAUCAAUGGAUCCCUACUUCCAAUUAAGAAUCUCAGAUCGGCCAAUUUCACCGUAAAUCAUCUUACAGAGUUUUCCCUGAAGGAGAUCCGUGGAUUGGACAAAUUAAGAAUCUUGGACUUGUCGUACAAUCAAAUUGACAAGUUGACUGGUCGUAUGGAUAAUCUCGUGGAGCCAGAUUCAUUGAUUGUGGAGUUACGUCUUGAGUAUAAUUUACUGAGGUCGCUCGAUGGCAAUUUGAUGGGUCUCAAUCGACUGCGAAUUCUCAAUUUGUCCAACAAUCGCCUACAAAAUAUUUCUCCAGAUGAUUUAAUUGGUCUGGAGGAACUUGAACACCUGGACAUGUCAUUCAAUCAACUCAAGACACUCGAUGAUACAUUUAAGACCUAUUUGCCAUCACUUCAGCUCUUAAAUGCCUCGUACAAUUUGCUCACGGAGAUGAAGAAUGAUUUUCACGGAUUGCCAAUUCUCUGUAUGGCCGAUUUGUCUAACAACAACAUCAGCAUCAUCUCCAAGGAUCUUGUGGCUAACACAAGGUGCAGCAAUCACGGUGUACCCAACAAACUGGAGAUUCUACUCCAAGAAAAUCCAGUUCUCUGCAACGAAUCUCUCACGGAUCUUGUGACAAUCAUGGAGGAGCAACAUGCCAGAAUAUUGGGAGUAGCUCACUGCAUUGUUCCCCAGGAGAUUGCAUUGGAGAAUCCCAUGAUUUUGCCGCCACUGCCUCUGCUACCCAAAAUCGUGCAGAAGCCAGUGUCAAUUGUCCCGAAUUCUAUCAUGCAGCCUCCCCCGUCAAUUGUCCAGGUGAUUGUGCCCAGUCCAGUUGUUCUGCCAGUAGCUGUGGCUCAGCCUCUGAUCAGUGCCACUUCCACCGUGGCUUCAACAACAGUGGCUGCCACAACGACGCCUAGGCCACCCGAAGAGACAACAACAGAAUCACUGAUAAUGAGCAUACUCAGUACAGCGACUGAGGUGCCAGCAGAAGUACAGAAGGUCACUGAGGAAGUGACCACGACGACAGUGAGGAGUCUUGGUGUUGUGUCGGAGCUGCCUUCGACGCCACAGCCUCAGGUGAUUGUCCAAGGGUUCCACGAAAUGACACACCAACUGAUACCAGAGCCUGAGGAACCACCCGAAACACUUCAGGAUGAAGGGACGCCUCCUGAAAGAUUACAAGGUAAUUGAAGGAUGCAACUGAUUUCGAACGACAUCACUAACACUCUCUUAGGAAUUUUUAAACAUUAAAAAUUGAAGAAAAAUGUCUGUAGGACAUGUAGGUGAUUAGUUAGAUGAGAUGAGGAGGAUAUAGGAUAUAGAGAAUAUCGAAAAAUUACUCCUCAAUUAUGCAUUUUGAAGUUCAUAAAAAAGGUUUUCGUUUUGAGGAACAAUCAUUUUAUUUCCCAAUCUUUGCGAAUUUUUCGAACUAAAUUCGGGACUGGAGACAGGAAUUUCAUCACCAAACGAGAUCCUUCGAUUCGAUUCUUGUUGAUGGACAGACUAUUGAUUACUUCAAAUGUCGACAAACUGCUUCAGUGACUUAAAUCUGUGGACGUCUUGGUCCAAGCAAUUGUCUGAAGUAUGUCCUGUUUUAUCAUGAGAACUCUUUAGCAAAGAAGUACAUGGUGAGUCAAUUAUCCUUGCAAAGGAGCAAGGGCGUAACCUGCCUCUGCCCUCCUGAGAAGACCAAUCCCGGUCUCAAAAAUUUGCUAAAAUUAUCCAUUGUUCUUCUCCAAAAUCAAAACUCGGUACAAUAUUGCCACAUUUUUGUGACAAAUUAAGAAAAACGUACUACUUUUUAUUCAUGAAUUGCUCUUUAAAAAUAUACUAUUUUUCAAGUUUCAAAGCAACAUAUCAAUAAAAAUUAUAAGUUUAUGAAGUAAAGGUCUCUACACAUUAUUGGGAGCAAUUUUCGUCAAAAAUCGCAUUUUUGACGGAAUUUUUUCGUUUAGGAAUUUACACUUUCCUUCAAAAACGAAUUUUUUUUAAGGAAAGAAAUGUUUAGAGUUCAUAAUGGCCUCUACACAUUGGGAGCAAUUUUUGUCAAAAAUUGCUUUUUUGAAGGAAAUUCCCUGCAGCGUUGUAGGAGGAAACGUCAAAUUUCUGUCAAAAACGCAAUUUUUGACGAAAAUUGCUCCCAAUGUGUAGACGCCUUAAGGAGCAAUUUUCGUCGAAAGCUCUUCUCUUAACGGUUUUUUUGUACAUUUCUUCUGGAGGACAUACCGUCAAUUUCUUAAAAUAAAACAAUUUUUGACAUAAACUACCAGUGUAGAUACCUUAAGAAACAGUUUUUUGGCUGAUCGAUUUUCUUUCAAAACCAUUCAAAGAAAUAUUUAUUAAACGGUAAAGUAAAAAAGCGUAUUGUUUUACUAUUUCACGACAACAUUUUUGAAUGAAAAUUGUUUUUUUUUUAAUAAUUAAAAAGUUAUACAAAUGGUAAUUUUUAUUUAAUAUUUUAGUUUAUAUCUAGUAAAAAUUUUGAUAAUAUUUAUUUUUUCGGAUCAACUCAAUCUGUCAAGUAUUUUUCUGCAUUCAUCGCAACAAUCAAAUACCAUAAUUUCUGCAUCUAUUUACUCUUAAAAAAUUUAUAAUAUAUUUUUUAAAUGUAUAAAUCGAAACUCUAUAGUCUAUACUAUACAAUAUUCAGCAAUAGAUUUUGUCUUUGAGUAGUACAAUAAAGAAUCAAGAAAAAUACAUUUUUGCAAUUUGAAACCAGGAUCAACCCUUAAAUAUUUACGGAGCCUCUUGGUUUCGUAAUUUUUUAUUAAAAACGAUUUUUGAAAACUUAUGUCUAAUAAAAAUGAUUGUAUUUUCGAAAAUACAGAAACGAAAGCCAAAGACUGUCGAGUAAAUUUGCAUGCACUUGAGCAAACACCAAAAAUUUUAAAGCACGUGAUUUCAAAUUUUUUUCUAGUUUUUCUUGGUUUAAAUAUGAAACAAACUUAUGAAAAUCGAAAAUUAUUUUAAUAAUUCUUCAUAUAAGAAUUAUCAGAUAAUUACAGAUUUCUAUGGAUUUUUUCUUAUUUUUCAAAGAAGAUUGAACAUUUUCAACUACAACAACAAUCAUAGAAUACGUCUCAUUCAAAAAGAAAUACGAUUUGUCCCGUGGCGAAUACAAGGUAAAAUACCCAGUCAGCAAAUGCGGUUAAGGCGGACCCCAAAGAUACCAAGAGCAAAAUCGUUCUUUAAUAUUUUACACAGAUUGAGGUGCCCAUUAUUUUCAAUGAAUAAGAGGCUCUAUUUAGAGACGAGGAUGCAGCUAGGAUUUUAGAAAGACAGGAGCCAAAUUGAUGAACUAUUUCCAAAAGAAAUCGUUUUUUCCUCGAACGCAAAGAACAAAAGUUUCCUAAUUUUUUUAAAAAAAAAAGCUUAGUUAUUAGACUUUGAGCUUAGUUAAGAAUCAAUAAAAGGAAAACACUCUGAAAACUUACGAUCUGUUUUUCGAGGAAAUCACGGCCGAUUUAAGAGAUUUUGGAGGAUUUAGACAAAAGGUACAAAAGCGUUUUCAUGGAUCUGAGUAGCCUUCCGUUCCAGGAAAUUGAAUUUUAAGUUUGAGGAUCCCAAAACGAUGUUCUUAAGAGACCAAAAAAGUUUUUUAAGCUUUAUAUGCUUGAAAAUAAGAAUCAAUCCUAUUUUAAUUUGAUUUUGAUGAUUUAAAGUGGUCCAGAUAGCAUGUAGGGUAAGUGUGCCAAAUUCCAACCAGCUUGCAAUUUCGGCCACCUUUUUUGUUACUCGAAUUUCCAUGAAUUUUUAAAUUUUACGUAUUCUAGAGAUUAUACAAUGCAAAAGAAUAACAAAAAAUGUAGCUUUGACAAACGAGAUGACGUGAAAAAGAUAUUGGAAGAAUUCCCGAAGGGGACAAGGAACUAUGAGAAUGAAGAUGGCCGAAAUAGGGCACCAAAGCUAUGUCUAAAUUUUUAUUCAUUUUAAAAUGUAAACUCUUUACAAGGUUCCAAGCAACACUCUUGCAAAAGAAAGAAUAAAAAAUCAAUUUGUAUUUAAAAUAUUACAUUUCAAACUUGAGACAUUGACGCUUGCAUGCAACUAUGCCGAAAUUUGGUACACUUACCCUAAUCAGAUUUAAUUAAAUUACAAAAAUAAAUCUUCUUUUCUUUCUUUUUUUUUUUAAUUCUUAAGAAGAUUGCGACAAGCUUUCUGUUAAAAGUAAACAAUAAAUUAAUUUUCAAGUCGUUUUUUUAUGAUAUCAACUUAUUUUCAAAGACGAAAACACUCCACAAAAACUUCGAGUGGAAACUCUAAAAAAAAACAAUAUCUUUUACAUGUUUAAAAUCAAAAAUUUUAUUUAAAGCUUUUCUUUGAGGAGAAUGACGGGGAAUUUUGAUCACAAAUGGACUGAUAAUGCUGGUGUUUUAGAGUUUCAGAAACUUUCUUUCAAAAGUUGAAUUCUAAUCCUAUUUUGAUUAUUUUGAGACCUGAUGUGGAAAGCUUUCUAGUUAGAUAUUUCCUCUAACCUGUUUCAUAGCGACAUUGUACAUAGCUCUUGCUAUUGUCCAAAAAUUAUCUUGAUCAUAUUUAGCAACAUCUGAAAUUCGAUAAAUUCGACGAUAUCGGGGUUAAACAGAAUCACAGAAUGGAAUAAUUGAGAAUCACAGAAUACCGAGUUGAAUUAUUAAUAGAAUGACACGUUUAGAAUCACUAGAAUCACAUUGGAAUUCCAUGGAAUAAACGGAAUAUGGACACAAAUUCUCGAUCUUGAGUAACCCCUUGGGCUUGUGGAUUUCCUAAAAGCAAGGCCUUUUACUGGUAGUAUAGUUCUGUUGCCCGCUGCGUGGGGAUUGGCUGUCUGAAGACACUGUCAGUCAGUCGGUAACAUGGCCUGGAAGUGUUUGGAUUGGGGCAGAGAGCUGGAUCGCUAUAGGAAAAUUAACUGAAUGAAUCUUUUAGAGCAAAAGCUCCUUUACAAUGGUAAAAUGGAUGUCGUAGAUACUGUGAGGAUUUUGCCGAAUUAUCGGAGUCACUGGAAUCUUCAACUUCUUCCUCAACUCUUUGGGGCAACGCCAAAAAUGGCUCGUUAAGUAUGUAUGACUCAUGAAGUGAAUGAUGAAAAUUUUUGGAGUAAAAUGACCACCUUGGUCAGUAAAAAUGUCUCCAGAAGUCCCAGCGUUGCUCCCAAAAAAAAUUUCACUAUCUAAAAAUCAUUAAAAUUUAAUGAAAAUAUUUUAUAUUUACAAAUUCCCACAAUGAGACCAAUAAGGAACCCUAAAUGUGAAUAGAGGAGUGAUAUUUCGAUCCAUAAAAAAUAAGAAAAAUCUAUUUAAAUGUGUUAUAUUUUUUUUAAUAUUAUUUUAGAUACAAAUACACCUUUUUUUACACACAAAUUCUAAAUAUUUCUCCAUAAAACAAAGUUAAACGAGAUAAUCCUUAAUUUUCUUGUAUUCCUAACUAUAUAGAUGUUUUGUUUGUAAUCUCUAGAAUUCUUAUCAUCCUUUUCUAUUUACUCGAUGAAAAACUGUUUCCCAAGUAGGUUUAUUUAAUAUAUUUUGUAAUCUUAAUGGUAAGGAUUUGGAUGGAAAUAUUUGUUAAUUGUAUAGUACAAGUGUUAGAGAAGGAGUGAUGUGAAAGAAAUAUUCCCAAUUUUCCCAUAAUAAAAAUGUUUUAGUACGUUUUCAGCACUGACUUUUUUUUAAAAACUUUAAUAAGAUUUUUAUUUGCAUUUCAAAAUCAGUUAGAAAAUAUAAAAUGUAAAAGAAGAAAACGAAAAAAAAUAUUUUUGUGUGUUAUAGAACAAAGAUAGAAAGCAAAGCAAAGAACUAAACAAAUAAACAAAUGUAGAAUAGUAAAGAAGAAAACAGCAUAGAAAUUGUCAAUAAGAGUAUUUAAAAAUGAAGUGAAUAAAAGAUAUUUUAGACAAAACUUAA